GGGCUGGAGGAGAGCAAUGCGCUGGAAGGACAGACGGAGGGACGGCCGAAGACAGGCAGCUGCUGCAGCACGCCGGGAGUUGUGUCUGUGAGCAGGCAUGCUGGGAGUGCGAGUCUUUCCACUUUACUUCCUGUCUGCAAUGGCCUCGUGAUGUAAGGCAGGACCUGUCUGGCGCUUCCAUUUGGGGAGGUGGUUACCACUUGACUGGACGAUGAGUGGCCAUUCUGACUUGCAAUGGUGAAAGUGCUCCAUGUCUGAUACUGCUAAUUUCAGGCAGUGGAAGAAUAAGAAACAAUAUGAAACCUCCACAAAGUGUCUGUUUUUUCAAGAACCUGCUUUCUGGUUUCUACUGUUAUGGUCAGCUUCACAAUUCCCCUCUUCCUUCUGUUGCAAAGAAGAUGAGUUGUGUGAUGAGGCUGCACAGCCGUGGAUUUUGGAGGCCAGACUCUUUGCUGGACACAGCUGGAUUCACUCUGUUAUUUCACAGUCAGCUUAGGAAGAAGCAUCAGGACUCUCGAGCAUUGUGGAAGCAUGAGGCUGUGCAGAAGUAUCUGGAAACUCUGAGCAAGGAAUACCAGCAGGUUAAUAGUCUGCUAAAUGCUGAUUCAAAGAAUGAAUUUGAGCAAAGGACCCUGAGGAGAAGACAUGCUGAUCUGUCCCCAGUUGCAACUGCAUUUCAAGAAAUCAAAGAGGCUGAAGGCGAGCUCCGGGAAUUAGAAACCAUGUGUAGAGAGCUGGGCAGCAGAGAAGAGAAGCAACUGCUAGAGCUUGCCUUAGAAGAGAAGGAAACCCUCGAUAAAAAAAUCAACACGCUGUGCAGAAAGCUUUUCCAGCUUGUAGUGCCAAAGGAGAAGUAUGAUAAAAGUCACGUUAUAUUAGAAGUGACAGCUGGCAGAACAACUGGAGGUGACAUCUGCCAACAGUUCACUAAAGAAAUGUUUGAGAUGUACCAGAACUAUGCGGGCUAUAAAUGCUGGACCUUUGACAUUCUGAACUACGUGCCAGCUGAGAUAGGUGGGUUGCAUCACGCGGCUGCUCAUAUUUCAGGAGAUGAUGUCUACAGGCAUCUGAAAUAUGAAGGAGGGACUCACAGAGUCCAGCGAAUCCCUGAGACCGGGCUGUCAUCGAGAAUGCAGCGUAUUCAUACGGGGACAAUGUCAGUUAUUGUGCUCCCUCAGCCAGAGGAGGUUGAUGUUAAAGUGGAUCCCAAAGAUCUGCGUAUAGACACAUUCCGGGCCAAAGGAGCAGGAGGGCAACACGUCAACAAAACUGACAGUGCUGUGAGGGUUGUACAUCUUCCCACAGGGGUGGUGGUUGAGUGCCAGCAGGAGAGAUCGCAGCAGAUGAACAAGGAAAUAGCUCUGAGGACGCUGAGAGCUAAGCUGUACCAGCAGAUCAUUGAGAAACAACUGAGUCAAGAGCAGAGCGCCAGGAAACUGCAGUUGGGAACAAGAGCCCAGUCAGAGAGAAUUCGUACUUACAACUUCACCCAGGACAGAGUCACUGACCACAGGAUCUCGUAUGAUGCACGCAAUAUCAAGGAAAUUCUGAGUGGGAAAGAGGAACUGGAUAAGCUAAUAAACAGGCUGCUGGAGUUUGCGGAGAUGGAGGCUCUCACAGAGUAUCUAGAAAACCUGCAGUCCAUGGGAGGAGAAGGAUGCUGAAGAUCUUGUGUGGAGCUAAAGCAGAACUGGGUUUGUAACUAAAUAAAAUGGAUAUAAAAUGGAUAACAGAUUGAUUAAAAUCUAUGCCUCUGUUUUUCAA